AUGAAAGAGCACAUACUAUUUUGGGCCGACCCAGACCUGGAGUUACAGGCUUUAUUCAGACGUCAUUUCACCAAGCUCAGGUAUUUCCAGGGAUCUGUCUUCAACCCAUCAGACUUACAGCGAGUCAAGUUAAAUGAAUCAGAUGCCUGCCUCAUUCUUUGCAAUAAAUACUGCCCUCAACCGGACAGUGAAGAUUCGGGCCAAAUCAUGCGUGUUAUCUCCAUCAAGAAUUUCAACCCAGAGAUGAGAGUGAUUGUUCAAUUAAUCCAAGACCAUAGUAAGACACAUCUAUUGAACAUCCCAAGCUGGAACCAGACCUACGGAGACGAUGUUAUUUGCAUCGCUGCGUUGAAACUUGGUUUCAUGGCCCAGACGUGUCUUGCCCCUGGGUUCUCAACAAUGAUGGCCAAUCUGUUUGCAAUGCGUUCAAGCUCAGAGACGCAGUCGGUUGUUAAGAAUGCAUCUACUCCAGCGGAAAUUUACCUUGAAAGUCCAGAAGGUUGGAUGUCACACUAUCUACAUGGAUGUGGCAACGAGAUCUACACAGAGAGCUUAUCGCAAGCGUUUGAUGGCAUAUCAGCACCAGAGGUUGUCAAGGAAUGCUUUCAAAAGUUGAAACUCCUCCUAAUUGCGGUUCAGCAGACGAAUGAGUUUGAUGAGAUUGACAUUAUUAUUAACCCUGGACAGCACAUCGUCGUCACGCGAGGAACUGUUGGCUUCUUCCUGGCCCCUGAUGCCCAAGAAGCGAAAAGGGCGUUCUAUUACUGUAGAGCGUGCCAUGGGGAAGGCGUGGAAGUGGAUAAAAUUUGGAAGUGUGAAUGCAAAGAAUUCUCCUGCAUGGAUAACAACCAUGCCAAAAAGUACACCCAUAAAGACGGACAUAAACUGCUAGCAAUGACUCGACUUGGAGAUCUACAUGAACCAGCACCUGCUGCUCGCACAUCCCAUGCUGACUUACCUGAUCUGCAAAUCAAAGGUGCAGUGACUGAGUCCUCAUCAGACCACCAACCAGCGUAUGACUUCACUGGCUUGUUUCACUGGUGCCCUGCACGCAAAAUCGAAGAAGUUUUAAUUGCAUCAACACACCAACGGCGUCACCUGGUAAACCACAUCAUAGUCUGUUUGUUUGGGGAUGAAAACUCUCCUCUGAUUGGUUUAAGGAACUUUGUAAUGCCUCUGCGUGCAAGUAACUUCAAGAGUGAGGAUCUACGGACCAUCGUGUUCCUUGGCAACCUCAAGUAUGUGGCAAGAGAGUGGGAUAAAAUCAAGAAUUUUCCCAAGGUCUUCUUAUGUAAUGGAUCCCCGCUGAGCCGUGCAGACAUGCGUAACGUCAACGUCCAUCAGAGUGCAAUGUGUGUCAUCUUGUCUGCUAACAUGGGAGAUAAUAUUGAGCAGGGGCUUCAAGACAAAGAGACCAUCUUGUCCUCUCUGAAUCUUAAAUCCAUCAUGGCUGCUGGGGCUCAUAGUAGACGCUCGAAGAUCAUCGCAGCGUAUGCUGCAGAAUCACCAACGCGGCUAAACGGAGGGAGUAUCAAGAGGUCAUUAUUCACACAAGGAUCAACUAAGAUUACUGUUCCAAUGCUGACUGAGUUAGUAAACGACAUCAACGUUCAGUUUCUCGAUGACGACGAUGAAGAUGAUCCUGAUACUGAGUUAUAUCUCACUCAGCCAUUUGCUUGUGGUACAGCAUUUGCUGUCAGCGUCUUAGACUCAUUGAUGAGCGCAACAUACUUCAACUCCAAUUCCCUGACCCUCAUCAGGACCCUUAUCACUGGAGGAACAAAUGCCGACUUAGAGGAGAUUCUAUCCGAAGGUGGAGAGCUACCCCCAGGGGUACAGAUUGGUCACAAUAGACUCAUGGAACUACUCCGAGAUAGGUGUACUGUGGCACAGCUUAGUAUUGGGGUUGGUGUGUUUCAACAGUUUAGGGAGGGACACACCUACGACCACUUGUUUCUUCAUGCUCUCGAGAGCGGCAUCCUUUGUCUAGGGAUCUACCGUAGCCUCAUCAUUGCUGGUAAAUCGUUGGGGAAACGUUACGUCAUCACCAACCCAUCCCAAGACUUUGAACUCACGUUAGGGGACAAAAUCUUCUGUCUCAAACACUUUGAAGAUCUGAAUAUGAACAACGCCAUACCGGAGACAUCUAUCGAGUUAUAGCCGAUCAGGUAGACGACUGCUAACACUUCUACUAACAACUGUGAAAGUCAGCACGCCUCAUUCGGAAACAGCCCACUUCUACAUUUUAUAAACAAUUUUUCCCCCAUAUAUAAUCCUGAAAAAAAAUCAUACGAAAAUCAUAUUUUGUGGAAACCAUAGUUUUGUUCACUUCAUUGGUUACACUUAACAAAUCUCUUAGUAUAAUCUUCAAGUUGUUAAGUAGUGAGAAGACUUGCGAGGAUGUUUUCUUUAUAAAAUUUUAUUGCCAAAGGCCAGAACUCAUUUAUAUACACCCCUCCCUCCUUCUUUCUGAUACCAUGGAGUACAAAUUUGCAUUAUACUCACUUCUAUACCCAAGUUGCCAAAGGUUGUAGGAUUAUUUUUGUAUAAAAUGCUUUUCAUGUGAAUACCAUGAAACCGUCUUCCGAUGUAACUUUGCUGUCCUGGUUGACUCUGUGUCACAUUGAUGCAAAAACCUAAAUUUUAAAACUAGUGUCAUGUUUGCACCUUAAAAUUUACUGCUGUCGAUGUAUCACAUUAUAAAAUUCCAUGAAUUGUUUAGUAUUUAGACUUCAAUCAUUUUGAAUGAAGUGAUCCUGUUUUCAUCUCAGAUUCGUUAUACUCAUAACCUUGAACAUAUACAUCUUAUUAAAAUAUCUGAGCGAAUUAUGAAGAUACCAAAAACUUUACAUAAUAGGUGGUUAAAAUGUUCACUUUAUCUCACAGAUUUAUAAUGGUUUAAUCUUCAUAGACAGUAGAUACUAUACACCUAUUCCCACCACAACAAUCUUAUAAUCCAUCCCCUACGUAUUAUUUACAUACAAUAUAUAUAUUAUGCUAAUCAACUCAUUUGCAUAAUAGGAAAACCUUUACAUUCCUUGUGAGAGUUUACUUUUGAACGCUUGAGAAAUAAUAAGAUUCAUAGACUACAUUAUUGAUAAUAAUUCCUUAUAUGAGGAAUAGAAAAAAAUGCAAUACUAUAAGUAUUAUUAAAUUAGAGGUAGUUGUGAAGUAUCUCAAUUUUGUAACCAGACUGUUUUUAGUUUGUGAAAAAGUUUGUCAAAUAGUUUGAUUUUUAGUUUAUGAGUGAGACUUACAAGCUUACAGCAAACAUAUCAAAUUUAUUUUGUUUUGUUUGUUAGUUAAAUUAUGCAGUCGAUUGGAUUAAGUUGAUGAUAUUUAUUUUUAAUAAUAUUGUGAAAUUGAUGUGAAUACUGCGUUGGCCACAAUUGUUUAAAAAAGUGUUUUAAAUUGUACUUAAUUAUUUUGGGUAAUUAUAUACCUUAAUGUAAAUAUGACUUAACAUUAUCUGUUUCCCUCAAUUUUGUAUUUACCAAAAACAAACAAAGACUUUUUGCAGGGUAUAAUGUAUAUAAACACAUAUCGAUAUCACUAUAAAUAAAUACUUUGUAAAUAAGUGUCUUGCCACCAUGAUUGUAGUUACCUCCAUCUAGUUCUUGUUUUGCUAAUUGAUGCGAUAUUAGUUACCUUCUUCUGUCAGUCAAUGUAAUUCCUGAGCUUACAUGUUCAUUUUUCACUUAACAUGGCUGAGACUUUUUUCAUAAAGCAUAAUCUUCAUAUUUUCAUUAUUUCAUAUUCCACAGAGGUGUCACUAUAGAUAACUCAUAUCUUAAGAUAAAUGCAAAUACAUCAUGCACGAACACACAUAUUGGGAGAAAACUGUAAUGGAUUUCAUAACUAUUUUAAUAUUUCGUAUAUGUCUACUACAUCAGUGCACUAGUUGGCAGUUAGUGAGGUCACCAGUUCGGAGUUAUCUGUGUGGAAUAGUGGACAGGGAGGUACUGUCAUAGCACACUCGGGUACACCAUGUUCAUAGGUUUGAUACUUGUCCACUGGGGCCAAAAGGACAGUAUAUGCAAUGCCCCACUUUGUUGGCUGCGAAGCAACCGGCACCAGACUGCAGUCUAUUGAGUUGCACCCCAGACCCUGCCAUGGGAGGUUGUUGCCCGAUCGGUGCUGUAACUGGAUAUCCGUGUAUGGCUUUAGUCCCUCAGGGGCAGCUGGAACAUCAUCCAUCGUUUCCAGGCUCGUGGUCCAGAGGCUUCAGUGAGGGCAUUCUCUUCUUAGAGGAUGUCCUGCAGAAAAUGCUUUGACCGAUUAGCUUUACCAUAGGCCAUACUGAUGCUCUCACUAUUUCUAAGUGACGCUGUAUCAUCAGACCGUUUGCCAGUCUAAGGUCAAUGCCACUGAUGAGUUCUCUAGAACUGAAAAUGACCCAUUACAGACAGCUUUCAAGUCCAAAUCUGCAGCCAGUCUGAGACCAUUGCAGCUUGGUUCAGUAGAAUGAACUGGGAAAUGACUCGUCACAGACAGCCUCCCAGUCUAAAAGGUCAUUGUAGCUGGUUUCUCCAGAAUGAACUGGGAAAUGACCAUCACAGACGACCUCCCAGUCUAAAAGGUCAUUGUAGCUGGUUUCUCCAGAAUGAACUGGGAAAUGACCGUCGCAGACGACCUCCUAGUCUAAAAGGUCAUUGUAGCUGGUUUCUCCAGAAUGAACUGGGAAAUGACCGUCACAGACAACCUUCUAGUCUAAAAGGUCAUUGUAGCUGGUUUCUCCAGAAUGAACUUGGAAAUGACCGUCACAGACGACCUAGUCUGAGGUCAUUGCAGCUUGUUUCUCUAGAAUGAACUUGAAAAUGACUUAUCACAGACACUCUGCCAGUCUAAGGUUGGGGUCUAAGGUCAUUGCAGCCCAUGAAAGAACUUUAAAUGACCCACCACAGACAGCAUCACAGUCUAGGGUCAUUACAGCUGGUUCCUCAAGAAUGAACUUGAAACAGACCCAUCACAGACAGCCUUCUUGGUCUAAGGUCAUUGCAGCUUGGUCCCCAAUAACUUUAACAUGUAAACAUGUAAAGUAAACAUGCACUUACAUUCCCAACUGUUGAAUAUUCUUAAGACUUGCAUGGACUAUGGAAAUAUUCUCAAGUGCACUUGAGAGUUAACACUUGACCAUAAUUUUGUAUCGCUUAGUUAGCACUAGAUUCUUUUAUAUCAACAUUUGUUCACUCUAAACACAAUUGGGACCAUUAACACCUCAUACUAUUUCAUCUUUGUAAGGAAAGUCUGUUCAACCAAAACGAAAUGUCUAGUUUAGCAAUUUGAUUCAUAAUAAUUUCUGUUGAUGGGUCACAGGUGACUAAAAAUACUAUAAUAAUGGUACAUUUUUGUUAUGGUUUAUAUACCAUGAAUCGGUAGAAUUUAUGUCAAACUUUCUGUUUAUUGGCUAUUAUAAUUAGUUGUGUAAAUCAGUGAUGUACAAUUUGUAUUGGAAUAUUUAGUGGACAAAACAGCGACUGUAACUUGAACAUUUUUUAGUAGACUAAACGAGGGGUUUAUCUGUAUGAAUAUUUACUCAACAACAGUAGAUGAAGUAGCCUACUAUAUGUUCAAUGAGUUGUACAAUGUAAUAGUGGCAUGAACAAUACUGGGAAACGCAGGAACAUUUAAAAUGUACCAAUUCUGUACAAGGCUAAAAGAUAAAUCUAUUCAAAUUUACUAUCGACCCUCUACUUUAUAAACAAAAGCCCGAUUGGUUGUCCCAAAUACUUAAAGGUUAUUCACUUAAUGGACUUUAUUGACAUUCAAGACUUAAUUACUUACCUGACGCCAUUGUAUUUAUGUAAAUAACGUCAUGAAACUAUGCAUCCAGUAUUCCUUCCCUGCCUUUUGCCAAUUUGACAUAGUACUAUAGCUAACUAAAAAAUUCACAUUUUAACAGUCAUUGAAAUUAAUACAAGUAUCUAUAAAAAAAAAUGUAUAUAUUCGGAUUUUCACAAGAAUAGCAUUCUUCUUUUCAUUAAAAUAUCUCAAUGGUGUAUGUUGAUCUAUAUCACAAAAAUAACAUCUUCAGCAAUAGUCACUAUAAUAAACAAAGCAAUUAAGUAUUCAACUGUAACGAGAUAUAUCGCUGCAUUAUCAAUACUAACAAAAAGUAUAGAAUUAUGGGUUGUAGAGCUAUUUUUUAUAUCGGAACUUGCAGAGGGACAGUAAUGAUUAUAGCGAAAUACCACUAUCACACUUUUACACGUUGAUGUAUUGAUAUAAUGCCAUUGGUAGCACAUGAGUAACUUUUCAGUUUUAACAAAUCGCUAAGAAAAUUAUUAAGAAUUGAAACGUGAAUGUGAAUCUGAAAUUCUGUACUGCAUCACUUUGAUAUUCUACUGAUACAAAGCCUAAGGAAAGAGGUCCGUGGUUUCUGGUAGAAGGCCCAGGGAUAUUUGUGAUGAUGCGGACAUCUUGUUUUGUCCUGCAUUCAAAUCAAUGUACAGUAGGCUUCAUAAUUAGUUUGGUUUUGCACCCAUGUGUGAUAACAUUCUGGAAAGGCUCUAUUAAAGAAAGAGGCCAGAAUAAUACAUCCUUUAUGUCUUUAUCAACUCACACCUGUUACCUCCAUGUAAUUCCUUUUUCAAAA